CCGCCCUCCUCAUCUUCUAAGAUCCAGCCACCCUCAACGACCCCGGCUUCGGCGAGGCUCCACCCGGUCUCUCCUGCUCCUCUAGGCUGCUGACUCCCGCCCUCCACCAUGGCAGAGUUGGGCCUAAAUGAGCACCAUCAAAAUGAAGUUAUCAAUUAUAUGCGUUUUGCUCGUUCAAAAAGAAGCUUAAGACUCAAAACUGUAGAUUCUUGCUUUCAAGACCUCAAGGAGAGCAGGCUGGUGGAGGAGACCUUCACCAUCGAUGAAGUCUCUGAGGUGCUGAAUGGGUUACAGGCCGUGGUCCACAGUGAAGUGGAGUCUGAGCUCAUCAACACAGCCUACACCAACGUGUUACUCCUGCAGCAGCUUUUCGCGCAGGCUGAGAAGUGGUACCUCAAGCUGCAGACAGACAUCUCUGAACUUGAAAACAGAGAAUUAUUAGAUCAAGUUGCAGAAUUUGAAAAAGCAGAAUUUACAUCUUCAAAUAAAAAGCCGAUCAUAGAUGUCAUAAAGCCAAAACUUGCUCCACUUAAUGAAAGUGGCACAGCAGAACUCCUAAACAAGGAAAUUUCAAGACUUCAAGAAGAGAAUGAGAAGUUGAAGUCAAGGCUGAAGACCAUUGAAAUACAGGCGACCGGUGCACUGGCUGAGAAGUCAAGGCUAGAAAAAGCGCUGCGGGACUUACAGCUUGAUCAAGAAAACCCAAAGGAUUUUGCACACACUCAAGACUUCAAUGACUUGGAAAAUACAGUUGCUGCUCUAAAGAGUGAGUUUCAGAAGACACUGAAUGACACGACACAAAACCAGAAGUCCCUGGAGGAGAACCUAGCGACAGCUAAGCACGACCUACUCAGGGUUCAGGAGCAGCUGAGCAUGGCUGAGAAGGAAUUAGAGAAGAAAUUCCAACAAACAGCAGCUUACCGAAACAUGAAAGAGAUUCUUACCAAGAAGAAUGACCAAAUCAAAGACCUGAGGAAAAGACUGGCCAAGUAUGAACCUGAAGAUUAAAAAUGUUGAUUUCACCUGGAAGCUGCCCCAACAUGAAAUAUAAGCUGUUUCUCAAUCUCAGGCAUGUAUUUUGAAGCAGUUUGUUAUAUUCACUCUUUAUUUUUCUAAUAUUUAGACUUUGCUUCUAAUAUUUAGAACUAGCGUUCCUAUUUUCCCUUGCCUAAUUGAGAAGAAAACACUGACUCUGGCCAGUAGCCUCAGCCCCUCUUGCCAACUGCCCCCAUCUUAAUUCCUAUGCAGUGAGACUCUUUGUAGCAAAGAGGAGAUUUUUAGAGUGGAAAGAAGAAUCUUUAUUGCCCACUGGCAUAAAGACUGCCUUUUUCAUAAAUAUUAAAGAACUAUUCUUGUGCAUUCCCCAGGGUGCAUGCUAAAUACAGUUAUUAAAGACAGUUAUUAUAAGCCCUAUUUUUAAGAUAAAACCUAAAUUAAUUGUCUCUUAUCUGAUCAUCAAAAGAGUAUUCAUUUACUGAAAAUGUGAAUACCAUCUGUUACAGGCGACACUGUUAUUAAUUUUAAGGAGAAUUAGGUGAACACGAGGAUUCCCUUAAGUUCCUCUGCUUCACACAAAUGCCUUGUCCUGCAGGUAGGCUGGACACUUUUUGUAGCACAGCUUGCCGCCAGUCUGUAUUUCUGGUGGAGAAGUCAGAUCCAUGCUGUACUUCUGUAGUUAAGAAAGUACUGAACUUACAAUAACCUUCACGUGUUACUUUCCAGAAUAUUCUUUUUAAUGACAUCUUCAAUAAGAGCAUUCUUUCUAAGACUUAUUGUAUUCAACAAAACUCAGUUACCAGUUCUCAGAUUCAACUUUCGGUUAUAGUUUAUUUUUAUGCAUCUGUAAUAACGGCAUUUCAGGAGGGUUUGAUUCUAUUUCCAUAUUUUCUGCUUUUCCCUGAGUGAUUAUGGAUAAAUCGUUAGAUAUUAAGCAUUAUAUUUGCAGCUGUGCAACACAACAAAAUCCUAUGGAUAAAUAAAAUCCGUGAAGCAGCAAGUGCCUCAGACUGCAGGCAGUUACUUGUAACAUGUGAUUUAUAAAGUAGCUGUUCCUACUCUCAAAAGCAGAAUGUCACCCCCUGAAUGAAUGCUGGCUGCCAGGAGCGCUCACUCCACUUACACAGGGAAGAUUUGAUUCCCAGAGGAGACUUGACUGGCUGGAGGAUAAGGUUCAUUAUUUUCAUUCAAGCUUUCAAUAUUAUCCUUGAAUUUGUUGGGAUUUUUUUGUAGUCAUGUUAAAAUAUCGAAGGAAAAAAUGAUAAAGACUAAGAUAAUUUCCUCACAAAAGAACACAGAAGACAGUCUUUAACCCGUGAAUGAAUGGGGGGCGGGGGGGGCAAUAAGCCAACAUGCCCUGAAUCAGAGAAGGGGAGGUCCAGUAAGCCAGCAGGCUCCGCAUUGCCUUCUUCACUGCCGCUCCUCCUGAGGUCACGCAUCAGCUGUGUCCUUCAAGAGCAUUCACGGAGGGUUCCGGACAGACCCCAUGUUUCCUUAGUGCAAAUGUGAUACUGUCCAGAAACCUGUUCCAUUAUUACGGACCAGGAUCUUCUAUAAAAUUCAGAAACUGCACUCUUGAUUAAAUGACUAGCAUUCUUAGACAUUUAAUUAUUCUUCUCCCUGAACUUUACUUUGUUUGCUGUUCAUAGGGAAGGAGGGAGAUACUUUGGGAAACCUCUAUUCCUGAUCAGAAUUUCAACUUAGUGUCUUUAAUAGCAAUUUUUAAAUAUUCUAUGUACAGUGUUCCAGUUCAGUAAACCUUCAGCAAUAUUUCUGAAACUUUAAAAUCUAACUAUGACCCACUAAGAUUAAACAAACAUAAUAAUCGCUGGCAUCAGUCAACAUGAGGAUUCUUUCACGGACAAAUCCAUUUUGUGUUCCAGUUUCAUCACUGUAUAUUGUGUUUUUAAUUCAUGUCUUCAUGCAUGAGGUUUAAGUUUUUAUUUUUCAAAUAGACUCAAGAUUUAUCUCAAUUAACUGUCAAAGGAACCCUUUCCAGUCUGUCUGUUUCAGGUGUCUAGAAUGGGGGCCCCACCCCGGCGGCACCAUCAGUGUGCUAAGCUGGGUAGACAGUCUGGGCAUGUGGUCCUUGCCACAGAGCUUUGGCCUCUCUAAACUAUGACUGACACCUUUUGUGGACAAAAGUAAAGCAUAAAGGAUGUCUGUUAUUUCUCCUGUUAGCAUUUAAGUGCUUAUUUUUUAUUAUAUAUGGGCAUGUUGAAUCUAUGGCAAAUAAAUGUUUCUGAGCACCUGUGUCUUAUGUAACUCUGCAAGGAAAACAUGUUCUAUAUUGAAUUAUAACCCUAGCUGAUGACUUCUUUGCUAUUUGUUUUCACCACUCUGGUCAAUUAAAAAGGGCCCAGAGGAAUGUUCACAUACAUGGGUGAGUUC